UAACAUCAAGAAGGCAUUCGAGGGGGCAGGAGCGCGCCCGCGGCGGUGCGGACGGCCGGGCCAUGGCCGAGAAGUUCGACCACCUGGAGGAGCACCUGGAGAAGUUCGUGGAGAACAUCCGGCAGCUCGGCAUCAUCGUCAGCGACUUCCAGCCCAGCAGCCAGGCCGGGCUCAACCAGAAGCUGAAUUUUAUUGUUACUGGCUUACAGGAUAUCGAUAAGUGCAGACAGCAACUUCAUGAUAUUACUGUCCCUUUAGAAGUUUUUGAAUACAUAGAUCAAGGUCGAAAUCCCCAACUCUAUAACAAAGAGUGCCUGGAGAGGGCUCUGGCUAAAAAUGAACAAGUUAAAGGCAAGAUUGACACAAUGAAGAAAUUUAAAAGCCUGUUGAUUCAAGAACUUUCUAAAGUAUUUCCUGAGGACAUGGCUAAGUACCGGAGCAUCCGGGGGGAAGACCAUCCUCCUUCCUAACUCCCUCCUCCGUCUGUCUGAAGAUCCUCCUAGCCCUGCACGAGUGGCCGUGACCUUCAGGCAGCCUUGACUGAGCGGCACCAACGCUGUUUCCUGGGCCCAUCCUCCCGCCACCUUGUCCUCGUCGUUGGCCUCUGGGGACGGCAGGGCCUGGAGGGCGUACGGGGCUGUGCCACCAGCUGCCCCUUCUCCCUGACGUGCUCUGUUUGGUCCUCUAGCUCUCAGGGGACUGGUGAUCACACAACUUUGAGUGCAAUGUGUAUGAUUCUCCAUGGCCAAAUAGUCUUGGAAAUAUUAAAUAUGAUAGGUAAAGUAAAAGUUUAAAAAAAUUAUACCUAAUAGUUUUCUUUUAAUAUACUUUCUGUUCUUUUUUUUUCUUUCUUUUAUGGUGUCAAAGAAAGCUAAACAAAAAAACAAAAGGAAAACUUGGUUUAAUAUAAGUACUUUAAAUUCGUUUUGUAUUUUAUAUUUUUAAGUAUAGUGCAUAAAGAAUGUGUUCAAUGGAACUGUGUUUCCAUAGAUUUCAGUUAGUCUAAUAUAAUAAAGUCUUUAAGUACUUAAAAAAAAAAAAAGAA